AAUAUCUAGUGAUACAUUGGUAUAUAAAGGCUUUCUGAGAGAUAUUUGUCAUAUAUUGAAAAAUUUUCCAGUGCUUGAACAUCAUUAGAAUCACAAUGGCCAACUUAGAAAUUAAAAUAAUUGAAUCUCCAGAAGCUCCAGCUCCUAUGCCAUUUUUAAGUCAUGCUGUAGCCUUUAAUAACGUACUUUACAUGUCAGGGUGUCACGGAAUCAGGAGGGAUACAAAUAAAGUCGUUGAAGGAGGCAUAACUGCUCAAGCAACUCAAGCUAUGGAGAAUAUUAAGCAUGUUCUUAAAGCUGGAGGCUCCAGCUUAGAUAAUGUAUUAAAUGUUGUGGUAUAUCUUGCUGACCUUAAAGACUAUCCCGGCUUUAACGAAGUUUACAAAAAGUAUUUUAAAAAUGGUCCUCCAGCUAGAACAGGUUUUGCUGUAGGAGCCCUUCCCUUAAACUCAUUAGUUGAAGUAGAGGUAGAAGCAGCUAUUGGAAAUGUGAAAAAAGUAUUUGUUUAGUUUGUGUAUACUAUGUACUUUCUUAUAGUGUAAAAUUAUUAAACAAAAACGUAGAA